AUGCCGACCAAAAGCUGCAGCAGCAACUCGGGUGGAAAUCUGCUACGAAGCGCCGCCGGUGAGCAUCCUGCCCCUUCUCCCAUGAGACACCUCGGCGACGAUCUCCUCCUGCAAAUUCUGAUUCUUGUCCUGGAGCUUAGGUCCGUCUUCCGAUGCAAAUCGGUGUGCAAACGGUGGAACUCGCUGAUCUCCGAUCCCUACUUCAGUCGCCGAUUCAGUUCUCACCACAAGAGCACGGCAAGCUGCUACGGGGAACCACCUCUGCUGCCAUUCAACGAUCCGGAAUCGACCCUGAGCUUUAUCCCUGUACCGCAUGAGCUGAAAGAUCGAUUUGUGGUCAUGGAUUCCUUCAAGGACUUGCUUUUGUGCGGGUUUGUGGACUCGGAGAAUAGCGAAGCACAUCGAUCGUACAUCGUCUGUAAUCCGUUUUCAAAGCAAUGGAUCGCCCUGCCUUUGGUGCCCAAAAGGUGCGUGGAAUAUGAGAAAGUGGUUGCCAGGUUAGUUUGUGAACCCGUUUAUUCAUGUGAUUUGAAUCUUGCUGAUGAUGAUGGCGACGGUUGCCCACAAGGGCUUAGUUAUUCCGAGUAUCGGUUCUGCGUGGUGCGUCUAUUUGAAACGUGGACUGCAGGAUACAUACGGAAUACUAAGCUAGAUGUGUUUUGUUCAGAGUCUGGGAGAUGGAAAACAGAUGCUCUUGUUCUUCUAGACGAAUCAAAACGGAAUCAUGAUGCAUUUUCGUCGAAUGGGAACUUGUAUUGGGUGACUAACUCUUGGAAAAUUGUUGUGUGUAAUCCUUUCCGUCUAGAUAUUACACCUCCAACUUUCAUUAGUGUUUUGCCAAUCUACCAAAGAACUGAUAAAAUCACCACCUUUUCAACCUCGCAAGGUGCUCUGCAUAUGGUUCUAAUAACUUUUAUGCCAACGGUAUUGCGUCUCUUGACCCUGGAAGAAGACGGUACACGUUACUAUUGGAGGAAACGGUAUAAAGUGGCAUUGGAGACAUUAAUGCCCAACUAUGAGCUUGACAGGUUGGUUGUGGAUGGUGUGGUUGGUCUGCAUCCGGAGAAGCCGGAAAUUGUCUUCUUACAAUUUCACAAAAUCUGUGUCUACUCCGGCUUCCACGAAAGAAUGGGUUCGAUCGAAACGCCUCCACCGACGGAAAACGGAACAUCGGCGCCGACCUCCGCCGACGCCAACUCUAACGUCGAACAAGGGAGUCAAUCCGCCACCGACGCGAUGCCUUCCUUGCCCGGAGACGCGGUUCCUAUGGAAACGAACGGUUUGAAAGAAAGGAGAGGUAGUACGCUCCCGCUGGAGGUUGGAACUCGGGUCAUGUGCCGCUGGAGAGAUAGCAAGUACCACCCCGUGAAGGUUAUUGAAAGGAGGAAGGUUUCCUACUCUGGAGUUAGCGAUUAUGAGUAUUAUGUUCAUUACACCGAGUUUAACAGGAGGCUUGAUGAAUGGGUGAAACUUGAUCAGCUUGAUCUGGACUCCGUUGAGGCUGUAGUUGAUGAGAAGGUGGAGGAUAAGGUAACAAGCUUGAAAAUGACACGCCAUCAGAAAAGGAAGAUUGAUGAGACCCAUGUUGAGGGACAUGAGGAACUUGAUGCUGCCAGCUUGAGGGAGCAUGAAGAGUUCACAAAAGUGAAAAAUAUAGCAACUAUGGAACUUGGGAAGUAUGAGAUUGAAACAUGGUACUUCUCACCGUUUCCACCAGAAUACAAUGAUUGUUUGAAGCUCUACUUUUGUGAGUUCUGCCUGAAUUUCAUGAAGCGUAAGGAGCAGCUUCAAAGGCACAUGAGGAAGUGUGAUCUCAAACAUCCCCCUGGUGACGAGAUUUACAGAAGUGGUACAUUGUCAAUGUUUGAGGUCGAUGGUAAAAGGAACAAGGUCUAUGGUCAAAACCUCUGCUAUUUGGCGAAGUUAUUUCUCGAUCACAAGACCCUCUACUAUGAUGUUGACCUCUUCUUGUUUUACGUUCUGUGUGAAUGUGACGAUCGUGGAUGUCACAUGGUUGGAUACUUUUCUAAGGAAAAACAUUCAGAGGAAUCCUACAAUCUGGCUUGUAUCCUCACUCUUCCUCCUUACCAAAGGAAAGGCUAUGGGAAAUUCCUAAUUGCUUUCUCAUAUGAACUCUCGAAGAAGGAAGGGAAGGUUGGAACACCUGAAAGACCUCUUUCUGACCUAGGCCUGGUCAGCUACAGAGGAUACUGGACCCGUGUUCUGCUAGACAUCUUGAAGAAGCACAAAGGCAACAUUUCUAUAAAGGAACUAAGUGACAUGACGGCAAUCAAAGUCGAAGAUAUUCUGACUACGCUACAGAGCCUGGAAUUGAUCCAAUACAGGAAGGGACAACAUGUGAUAUGUGCAGAUCCCAAGGUUUUGGAUCGGCAUCUAAAGGCGGCUGGCCGUGGAGGUCUUGAUGUUGAUGCUAGCAAGCUCAUCUGGACGCCAUAUAAAGAACAGAGUUAGGAGGUGACGAAGAACUAGGCAUCACUCUGCAGCCAGCAUAUCGGUGUACCAUAUUGUAUGUAUAUAUAUUACUAGCAAACCCAUAAAAUCUUUGGAGAGUAGCUGCUUGUGAAUUGUGAUACACAUGGAUUAGCCGUCUGUAUUUUAACUGAUACUUAAUCCAAACAACGCUUUUCCCAACCCAAAAUCAAUACUUCUCGUUAGAUUCCUGGAGGCAUCCUUUCGUUACGAAAUAUAUGUACGAUGCAUCCUUUCUUUAGCUGGUAUUGCUCUCCAUCAACACAUUCGUCCUUAGCUUCUCGAGAACCAGCUCUUCACCAGUGAGAAGUUCCACCAACCCGUUCGUGAAAUGUCGGCAGUCAUGAUUCCCAACUUUCAGGUAGGUGCUCCACUUCUCACUGAACUUGGCAGCAACUUGCUCACCAUAUUCCGACGAGCCAACGUACCAACAUCGUCUUCUGGGCAGGCCUUUCAAGGUUCUGCGGAACACUGCCCCUGGUACUGAUCUGCCAGAUAUCACCGCAAGAGCCGUAAGCACAUCUUCAGGAUCCCUGGGCUGAAAAUCGAACACAACAGCAGCCUGCUGCGGUGGCGAAGUGGGUUUGAUGAUGACCAUGAAAUGCUGCAAGUCCCAGCUGAGGUUGAGUGAGUAAGCCGCGGACAUCAGCAGCUGCGGCGGUCCUUUGGCGGCUCUAAGAGGCACCGCCGCGACGUAGAUGUCGUCUUUGCCCAGCAGCCGUUGGGUCCCGGCCGCCGCGGCUGCUGAUUUCGUGAACAUGGCGAUGGUCAUUUCUGGAAUUGAAAUCUCUGAGUCUGAUGCUAAACCUUGCGGAAAAGAAACUGUUAUAUUAGUUAAUCGUGGCGCGGGAGAUUUUCUUCUUCUUCUUCCUUCCAGACUCGCAAAACCCCCAAUCCUGCCUUCUAUUUCUUCCCUCUAGCCCCGAAAAUCAGAUCGCCUCCUUCCCGUCGUCCAGUCGUAUCGCCGCCUCCUUCAGACUGACGGGUACUAGCAGCCGCUCCAGUUCCUCCCUCCGUCGUUCUGUCCUCUUUCGUAUCGGCCGGCGGUCUCUGCGCGACACCGGGCAUCUGCAUCUUUCGAUUAGUGAGCUCAGCUUCAACGAUGUCGGAGUCUUUGAAGGAAUAUCUAAAGCGCUACGAAAGCAACAAUGAACAAGAGAAGAAGAAGAACAAGAAGAAGAAGAAAAAGAACACUAAGCCAGAAGCAGCGGCAGGCGUUUCCGUUGUGGACGAAGAUCCUGUGUGGGCAAAACCUGUAAAACUCGAGGAGGAAGAAGACGAUGAUUCUCCUGAUGAAAAGCCUCAAGUUGAUGAAGACAUAGAAGUCAAACGACUAAAGAGGCUUGAGCAAGUUAGAGCUAGGCGUCCGUUUAAUUCCAUAGCUGAGGAUGGAAGCGGUUGGGUAUCGUUUGAUAAGCCGUCGUCACAUCGUAGGAAUGACACACCUUCUCCUGAACCUGAACCUAGAAGAAGCAGAGAAAGUGAAGAUAUGUCCCCUCCACGGCGGCAAGUGAAUCGUGACAAUGCUUCUUUGGAUUCUGAUAUGUCACCGCCUCGUAAGCAGAGAGCAAGGAGUGAUGUGGAAGAUGAAGAUUUUUCUCCUCCUCGUAGGCCAAGAGCUCGAGCUCGAUAUGACACGCCUUCCCCAGAACCUGAUGAAUCAAGGGCUUCUCGCAAAAAUGUCGAUCUAUCACCCCCAAGGAGGAAAAGGAAUGAUGUUGUUCCUUCAGGUUCAAGGGAUCCAACACGUGCAACUGCUGAUGGAAAUUCAUUGAAUGAAGAUCUUUCUCCACCGAGGAAGAAAAAGGCCAAUCCAUCUGGUCCAGCUGCUUCAAAGGAACAGCCGAGAACUGGUCUGGUCAGUGGCCGUGAUAUCAGUGAAGAGAUUUCUAGAAAGAAGAAGGAUGACAUGCUAAGGUUUCAAGAAAUGAAUGCUGAUAUGAGUGGGAAAGGAGCAGAGCCUGUUUAUCGUGGCAAAAAAGGAGAGCGCAUAUCAAAGGAUGAGUACUUGAAAUCAAAAGAAAAGAAAGUUGAAAAGCCGAAGGAGAUACACAUAGAGUGGGGUAAGGGAUUGGCUCAAAAGCGUGAAGCUGAAGCCAAGCUGGUGGAAUUGGAACUUGAGAAGGAGAAGCCGUUUGCCAGGACAAGAGAUGAUCCUCAACUUGAUAAGAUGCUUAAGGAGCGGCCGAGAUGGGGUGAUCCAAUGGCGCAUUUGGUCAAGAACAAGCAAUAUGAACCAGAUGUUUCUGACCUGGGAGAUGAUGAUAAAAUGAAGGCAUCUGGAUUUAUUAUCCCACAGGGAAUCCCUAAUCAUAGUUGGUUAAAGAGAGGUUUACCUGCUGCUCCAAAUAGAUAUGGCAUAAAACCUGGAAGACAUUGGGAUGGUGUUGAUCGUAGUAGCGGUUAUGAGAAAGAGAUGUUCAAAAGAACAAAUGAUAAGCAAGCAACGGAGCGUGAAGCUUACUUGUGGUCUGUAGCUGAUAUGUAAAUUGGAAAUCGUUCAAGCUAUCUGCCUCUUUGUUCUUGCAGGACAGAGUUUGAUGUCCUUUUGGAGCUAUUGCCUGGAAUCUUUCCCCAUGGAAAAUUUGAUCCUUAGUGGGAUUAUCUUUCUCCCUGGAUAGGAACGAGAUAGUGUUGAGUUCCUACAUUUCAUGUGCUCAUUGAUGAUCAAUUUUGAUUUCCUACGAGUGCAAGCCUAGUCUUUAGGCUAAGUUUAAGGAAUAGUUGCCCCGUACUCCCAUACGAGCUUGUCGAAUGGUCUUUUACCGACAGUUAUUCCGAAUCCAAAGGACUAUAAGGAUUGUUAUCGAUCAUUUUACGGAAAUCAAUUACAUUACGAUGCGCAGGUCAGAUGUGUGAUGUGUCGCACUUCCUAAAUAUCAUCUCAUUUCGAAGAUAUAUGAUCAAAAUCCAUGAUUACAAUCUAUA